UUUUUGUGGUAUCUGUGACGCAUUUUCAAAGCGACGGAAACGUGUUCGUGAGCGCUCAGCGCUGAUGUGUAUUUUGCUUGGGUAUCAUCUGGUAGUUGUUUUGGUUUGAAGAUCAUAGAUUUUUUUAGAUGCCUAAAGAGAAAGUCGUUAUCAGGUGAAAUAGUCGCACGAGAAGGAAAACUCGGGGGAGAUGGCGCCGAAAGGAAAAGUUGGAACCAAAGGCAAGAAACAAAUCCUUGAAGAGAACCAGGGUUCUCUGAAGUUCUACAGCAGAAUCAUCCUGGGAGCAAACACUAUUUAUGCAGUGGUCAAUCUCUUGCUCUUUUAUAACUCAUCUACAUUUUGGACAUGGUUCUUUCUAAUGUUCGCAGUGGCAAUCUACAUCGGCGGCUACAAAUCUAUGUCAGCAAUGGCCCAACCUGCAUUUGCUGAAGAUGGUGCCUUGCUGGAUGGAGGGAUUGAUCUUAAUAUGGAACAGGGCAUGGCAGAACACCUGAAGGAUGUGAUACUUCUUACUGCUAUUGUUCAGGUCCUCAGCACUCUGUCAUCCUACUUCUGGUACUUCUGGCUGUUGGCACCUGCAAGGGCUUUGCAUUUAUUGUGGGUGAGCUUCCUGGGCCCUUGGUUUUCUGCCGAAACACAGGCAGCCCCUGAAGAGAACGAGAAGAAUGAAAAGAAACAGAGGCGUCAGGAAAGACGACAGAUGAAGAAAUUCUAGAGCUGUCCAUGUUUUUUUUUUUUUAUACAUUUAUUGAACAAUUACAAAGAACACGUGAUCUAAAUUACUCGGAGAUAUUUGUUAUGACAGGUUAGUCCAGACCAUAGUUGAGCACUGUAAAGUGUCUUUGACUUUUGCUCUCUUGUCAUGAACUGCUCCGUCCUUUCCAGCUCUUUGGUUCCUUUCUCUUACUUUGUCCAUCUUACAAUCUUUAGCUCAGGUGUGCCUCUCCACAAGUGAGUUAAACUCACACAAAAUUCAGUUGCUUACUGUGGUGAGCUUUCAUAUCAUAGUUUCAAUUGCUGUUGAGUACUUUUCAGCAGGUGCAGCUACAUGGCCCAUUUCCCCUCAGAAAGGUAGACCUGAGGCUGUAUGAGCUUCACCAACCACGUGACAUUUCACAGCACUUGAGUUCAGCUUGUGGAAUUCCCUCUAGGGCCUUUCAGAAAAUAUGUUUUUUAUUAUUCUGUAUCGGGGGGAUCAUGUGCUGAUUCUGUAUCAACAUUGAUUAUAUCUGACAUGUUGUGUUCUGGUGAAGCUACAGGUGCAGCCUGGUGCUGCCUUGAGGGAACACAAAGUAGAUAAGGAUAAAAAAAUAAUAAUCGAAUGAUAAUUGAUGUAACAUUUUAGUGAACUAUUUCAAUGGACUAAAGAAAUUAGCAAAACUGCGUCUUGACAACCUGAUAAAAAAAAAUAAGUUGCUUCAUCUGAAAUUUAUGGAGACCCAACGAUUAUGAAUAAACUAUUAUAAAAUGAG